AUGUCAGACUUUAGCACCGAGCUGGAGGUCCAAUCGAACAAGCCUUUCUUCGCCUCAAAUUACAUCCCUGCAUCCACAGUACAAGUUCAUGCCUCCAAUCUAUUACAACUACCAAAUGGCGACCUACUAUGCGCGUGGUUCGGAGGCUCUCAGGAAGGGCUCUCUGAUAUUUGCAUCCAUCUUUCGCGGUUGAAGAAGGGGUCGCGAAUAUGGUCGAACCCACAAAAGAUCUCGGACGAUCCGGAGCGCAGCGAACAAAAUCCAGUGUUGUUUCUCGUUCCCGGAACAACAACUCUUUGGGCAAUAUAUACUGCGCAGCCAGCAGGAAAUCAAGACAAAGCCAUUGUACGAUACCGUGUGUCGUCGGACGAGGGUCAAACAUGGAGCCCGGCGCAAAACCUUUUCGAUGAUGAAGGGCUCUUUAUCAGACAACCAGUCACUGUUCUUGAAGAUGGUACUUGGGUGCUUCCAGCAUGGUACUGUCGCAAUUCCCCUGGCUUCCGUUGGGUCGGCUCGGACGAUAUCUCCGUUAUCAAAUACACGAGAGAUGGCGGGAAAACUUGGCAAGAGAAGGAAGUUCCCAACUCCAUUGGGGCUGUACAUAUGAACAUCAAGCGGCUUCUUGAUGGCUCGUACGUGGCUUUCUAUCGCUCGCGUUGGGCAGAUAACAUCUACACGUCGUCAUCUACCAACUGCAUUGAUUGGACGGAACCCAAGCCCACAUCUCUUCCCAAUCCAAACUCUGGUAUCUGUUUCGAAGUCCUGUCUGAUGGACGUCUCAUAAUCGUUUACAACGACUCUCAGUUUAAGGAAGGCCAAGCGAAGCGCGAGGGCCUUUACGACGACAUCACUCCUGAAGAUGACAAACGCAAUAACCAGCGUGGUUCAACCAAAGAUGCUGUAUGGGGAGUGCCUCGCAAGAUGAUGACAGUGGGAGUAAGCAGUGAUGGAGGUAAGACGUGGAAGAGUAAGACUUUACAAGAAGGCGAUGGUUUCUGUAUGACGAAUAAUUCGCGAACAAAGGAGAAUAGGGAGCUCAGCUAUCCUAGCAUAUGGGUAGAGAGGGGUGAGAAAGAUAUCGUGAACGUCGCAUUUACUUUCUGGCGACAGCGAAUCAAGUUUUUUCGUUUUGACGCGGAUUGGGUAGAUGUUUAG